CUCCGGGGGGACCAUGCCCGGAGGCCGGCCGGGCGCAGCAUGGCUCACGGGCCCGGCGCGCUGAUGCUGAAGUGCGUGGUGGUCGGCGACGGGGCGGUGGGCAAGACGUGCCUCCUCAUGAGCUACGCCAACGACGCCUUCCCCGAGGAGUACGUCCCCACUGUCUUUGACCACUAUGCAGUCAGCGUGACCGUGGGUGGGAAGCAGUAUCUCUUGGGACUCUACGACACAGCUGGUCAGGAAGACUAUGAUCGCCUGAGACCUUUAUCUUAUCCUAUGACUGACGUCUUCCUUAUAUGUUUUUCUGUCGUAAACCCAGCCUCCUUUCAAAACGUGAAGGAGGAGUGGGUACCAGAAUUAAAGGAAUAUGCACCGAAUGUACCCUUCUUAUUAAUUGGAACCCAGAUUGAUCUUCGAGAUGACCCCAAAACUUUAGCAAGACUGAAUGAUAUGAAAGAAAAACCUGUAUGUGUGGAACAAGGACAAAAACUAGCAAAAGAGAUAGGAGCAUGCUGCUAUGUGGAGUGCUCAGCUUUAACACAGAAGGGCCUGAAGACAGUUUUUGAUGAAGCUAUCAUAGCCAUUUUAACUCCAAAGAAACACACAGUGAAAAAAAGAAUAGGAUCCAGAUGCAUUAACUGUUGUUUGAUCACGUGAGACAGGGCCGCACUGGCCAGGAAUACUAUGUAUCUCUCUCUCAUUAUAGGAAACGGUACAGAUAGACCUCUUGCCGGUAAAGUUUAGAAGCUGAGGUCAAGAAAGUAACUGCCUUCAGAAAUCUGUGAAGUUCAUUAAGAAUGGCCAUCCAGAGGCCAGGAAGCAGUCAACAGCAUCUGAAGCCACAAUCUGUUACAAAUACUUUAUUUCAGCUAGAAGGUACAAUCUCUCAGGGGUUUCAUAGUUUAAAAAGCUACAACCACACCAUGUUGCAACUGCAUAAAAAAUGCUGUAAAUGGAAUUGCUUGGCUCUGUAGUAGUACUUCAGAAGGUUUGAAUCUUCUGCUUUGACCACAUAAAUUUCUGCACAGUCUUUAUGGAAUCUGCACAAAGAAACGCCUUCUCUUUUUGCUCCACUUAUCUGCUCUUGUAUGUGAGCUGCUUCCUGUUCCUGUAAAUCCAUACAGGGGAAAUGAGAAGACCAGCCACGUACCCAAAGGUGGCUCCCAGCGUACAGGAGAUGGGCCAGACCUAAGGAGAGAGUGUGGGAGACAAGAGGGGAAAUGUUUUAUCUUGUACUUGAGCACAAGUUCUGUGUAAUCUAAACAUUUCUAUUUUAAAGCUUAACGUGCUUUCCUAAUGAAUGCCAAAACUGUAAUAAGAGUAUACCUGCAUUUAUCAUGAACACUAAAUGCUGUACAGUUUUUAGUUAAUGUGCAAUUAAGAUGUAUCGGGACUUCUGCCAACUGUAGAUUUAGUUUGAUGCUCCCAAAACUUGCAUGAGAAACAUGCUAAAACUUAAGUUUUGGGUCAAGCUUAUUAAAUAUCUUCCCACUUUGCUGUAUA